UAUGUUACCUCCACCAGAGCUUAUUAAUUAUUCAGAAAUGAGAAUUUAAGUAAAUAAUUAUUUCUAUUAUAAUAGAAAGUUUAAAUUCCUGUAUAGGUACCAAUAUUUAAACCAAUCUAUGUUGAUUACCCUUAUCCUAAUUAUGUUUGGACUUAAGAUACAAAUUAAGCAGCAUUUUUAAGAACUUAAUAAGGAAUAUAAAGCUUAUUAACAAACCCAUAAAUAAAAAAAUAAUUAAUUUAUGAUUCUUCAAGUGAAGAAUCUGAAUCAUCAUCAGAAAAUGAAUCUGAAUCUGAAUCUGAUGAAGUUUAAAAAGUCUAAACAUAAGAAAAUAGAUAAGUAGUUUAGAAUCAAUAAUAAUUUAUUAAUAAUGAUAUCAACACACAAAAUUAAGUUGUAAAAUCAUUUAUAUAUAAAAUAGAAUGGUGCUCAAAUUUAAUAAAAUAUAAAUACUAAUUAAUACAUAGAAUAUGGUUAGAAUUAAUAACCAAGACCUCCUAUUUAAUUAGAUUAUCAUGAUUCUGGUUAUCAAAAGACUUAAUUUUAGAUUAAUAAUUCUUAUGUAACAAAUUAAUACCCAUUGCAAAAUAUAAUAUAGGGCAAGUAUAAAAUCUAUUAUUAAACUUAGAAAUGAUACUACAGUGAGUAAAAAUAUUUCAAUGGGUAGACAACAUCUAGAAAAGUUUAAAAGUUAAAUGAAUCAAAAUAAUCUAAUAAAUUAGAGAUAGUCAUAAAACUAAUAUCCCAAUACUUUCAUUUAAUGA